UAAUCGACCAAAUUUGGGUCAUCGAUUACAUUUAUACAAAUAAUUACAAAUUGAUCGGUUUAAUAUAUAUUUUUUACUAAAUAGAAUGCGUUUUAUAUUUGUUGAGCGGUAACAAUUAUGAAUUAACAUAGAGGUACUUAUAAGAAAAUAACAAUUAGUGAGGGAUUUGCUAGUUUAAUUUCAGUGAACAUGUCCUGUAAACACGCGUUUCUGCACGUGGUGUGCACGUUACUGAUUAUGACGUCAAUGUACGUAAGAGGCGCCACGGAGGACGAUAUGCGCACUCUGAUGUACGCCAAACUCAACUCGACGUCCUACACUCCGCGGGUUCGACCCAUCAAGGACACCGGUCAGAUACUUAACGUGACGAUUGACAUGUACCUGGUGGCGAUCAAUACUGUGGACGAGGUGGAACAGAUGGUGACCUCCACGUCCUAUAUGACCAUUGCCUGGUCCGACACCUUCAUGACCUGGACGCCGGCGGACUAUGGCGGUCUCACUACCUUCGAGGUCCCUCAGGACGCCAUCUGGAAGCCCGACCUCGCCCUCGCCAACGCCUUUGAUACGAUCAGCGGUCUCGGUGACAAGUUUAUGUACUUGAGUAUAACGCAUGAAGGAGUUAUCACAUGGCGACCAUAUCAGGUGUUCGACAGUAGCUGCUCAAUGGACAUGACCUACUUUCCGUUUGACUCGCAGACCUGCGACAUACAGCUGGUCACAUGGUCGAGCACCAGUGACAUGAUUAGCAUCCAGACUGGCGCCGCUGGGAUAGAUACCACGUACUAUGAAACGAACGCAAACUGGGAUCUGCUUGCGGCAACGACAUUUGAUUCUAGCGAUUCAAAAACCUCAGGGCGUUCGUUCAGGUUACACAUCAAACGAAAGCCUAUCUACUAUCUCGUCAACUUCAUAAUACCGAUCGUUCUUCUUUCCGUGCUGAACACGUUUGUGUUUGCGUUGCCAUGCGACAGCGGGGAGAAGAGCGGGUACGCGAUGGUCCUCUUCCUGUCGUUCGCCGUGUUCCUCCUCAUCGUGACGGAGAUUAUGCCGGAGGGGAUGAACACCAUCCCGAUAAUGAGUACUUACCUUCUCCUCGAGUGCAUCUUGAGCACAAUCAUCGUCUUCAUCACCAUCAUUCAGCUCCGCAUGCACAACAUGGGCGACGACAUACCCAUUCCACUCUUCUUGAGGUCGUUUGUGAAGUCUGUCAAUGCAAUAAAACACAAAUUGUCUUGUGACCGGAAUACAGAAAGGAAGAUGGAGAAAGAAAGAGAAGGCAGCUUAUCGCCUCCGCCAAACUAUGAAGACAUCGAUUCGGAAAAUCCUGGCGCUAAAAGGCGUGCCACAGGAAGAAGUAGAAACCAAAAGACGUUCAUCGAACAAGAUGAAAGCGACUCCGAGAAGUCUGGCUGUCUUCCCUGCUGGAAGUCUUCAUCAAAGACAGAUAUUGAAAUGGUAACAAUGGACGAGAGUCUGGCCACGAGUUGCGCCAAAACCAACCGGAAAUUGGCUGACGUGUUUGGUGCCAGGAACAAGGUCGCCCCUGACGAGUAUUUCAACAACCCGCCCGUAAGAACAGUCUACAGAACAAACCAAAAGUCUGCCGGAGCCGGAGACGACAUUCUGUCGGCGACUCCAGUUCCAGGGAACAUGAACAAACAGGUGGGGGUAGGGCUUCGGGAGAUCGGGACGCCUCCGAGAAUGAUCACGUCCCCGGUAUACGAGACCGAGCUGAUCCCAGAGCCAAGCCAUACACCUGAACCGGAAGUGGAGUUGGAGCCGGAAAAGGAGGUCACGUGGCAAAACGUUGCCCUGGCGUUCGACACGCUCUUCUUCACAUUGUUCUUUGCUCUGAACAUGGUCGCCAUCAUCGUGGUAUUCGGUGCUGCCGGGGCGGGCUAAUGGUCGUCAGGUCAAUCUGAUUAAUACACACGAUCCUCAUGAACGAAUACAAACACGCAUGAAAUUGUAUUGAAAAUGAUAAGCUUGUACAAUAUAUUUAAGAUUAUAAAUAGGAAAAACAUUUACUUUAAAGAUGCACUAUCUUCCUAAAAAAAGAUUAACCGAAAUUAACUCAAUUGUUUAAAAUUACCAAAAAGGAUAUAUAAAUGUAAUAAACAAUGAUUCUUAUGAAGGAUACCGAGAUUAAUUUAAAAGAAAGGUGCAGAGAACCCGGUUAUUUACCUUAUGAGAUCAUAGUUGAUCAUAGUAAAUAUUUUUGCGUUUUCAGAUAUCAAAUACACGAUAACAAUCUUGUCAUCAGUAAUUCAUAUUUUCUAUAAAUGCAAUAUUAAGUAAGAAAAGAUUUAUCUCUCAAAAUUCAUGUUUUUUAUAUAUGUUUAUGUGUUGACUUUGAAUAAGAGUGUCACUUUAAGCAGAUUGGACCUUUUUAAACAUUUUUGUUACAAUUGCACUGCUUGAAUACUACCAUAAGGAUUUGUGAAAAUAUACCUUAUAUUACAUUGCAUGAAUAUGUGUUUGUUUAAUUUAAAUAUACAUCCACUCCAUU